AAGCUAGCUAGCAGUAGCAUGCACCACCGGCGUAAUAAGCUAGCAACUUAAUUUAAUUUUUGGCCACCGCGCGCCAUGGAAAGAAUAAUGAAGGCCGCCGCCACUGCCGUUGCGGUGCUUCUCGCCGUCGCCGUGCUCGUCGCCGAGGCGGCGCACCAUCCGCGCGGGGUGACGAGCAGUUACCGUCGGAAGCUGGAGGCCUCCGAGGACAUGCCGCUGGACGCGGACGUCUUCGCUGUGCCGCCGGGCCGGAACGCGCCGCAGCAGGUGCACAUCACGCUCGGGGACCAGGCCGGCACCGCCAUGACCGUCUCCUGGGUCACCGUGGAGGCCGAGGGCAACAGCACCGUCCUCUACGGCCGCGCCAUGGGCCGCCUCGACCACGCCGCCGAGGGCACCACCACGCGCUACACCUUCUACAACUACACCUCCGGCUUCAUCCACCACUGCACGCUCGCCGGCCUGGACCACGCCACCAGGUACUACUACGCCGUGGGGUUCGGCGACACGGUGCGCACCUUCUGGUUCACCACGCCCCCCCGCCCCGGGCCCGACGCUUCGCUCCGGCUGGGGCUCAUCGGCGACCUGGGCCAGACGGCCGACUCCAACAGCACGCUGGCGCACUACGAGCAGCACCCGGGAGACGCCGUGCUCUUCGUCGGCGACCUCUCCUACGCCGACAAGCACCCGUUCCACGACAGCAACCGCUGGGACACCUGGGGCCGCUUCUCCGAGCGCAGCGUCGCGUACCAGCCCUGGAUCUGGACGGCCGGCAACCACGAGGUCGAGUACGCGCCGGAGCUCGGCGAGACGACGGCGUUCAAGCCCUUCACCCACCGGUAUCCGACGCCGUACCGCGCGAGCGGGUCGUCGGAGCCGUACUGGUACUCGGUGAAGCUGGGCCCGGCGCACAUCAUCGUGCUCUCCUCCUACUCGGCCUUCGGCAAGUACACGCCGCAGUUCAAGUGGCUGGAGGCGGAGCUGCAGCGCGUGGACCGCGCCGUCACGCCGUGGCUCUUCAUCAGCACCCACGUGCCCUGGUACAACAGCAACAACUUCCACUUCAUGGAGGGCGAGCCGAUGCGCGUGCAGUUCGAGAAGAUGGCCGUCGACGCCCGCGUCGACGCCGUCUUCGCCGGCCACGUCCACGCCUACGAGCGCAGCCACCGCUACUCCAACAUCAAGUACAACAUCACCGACGGCAGGUGCACGCCCGUCGCCGACCGCCGCGCGCCCGUCUACGUCGUCAUCGGCGACGGCGGGAACAUCGAGGGCCUCGCCGACGAGCUCACGUGGCCGCAGCCGGCCUACUCGGCGUUCCGGGAGUACAGCUUCGGGCACGCGGUGCUGGACAUCAAGAACCGCACGCACGCCUACUACGCCUGGUACCGCAACCACGACGGCAACAAGGUCACGGCGGACGCCACGUGGCUCACCAAUCGCUACCACAUGCCCAACCACGACGACUCGUCCGUCCACUCAAACAUAUAGCCUAGCUACUACGCGUAAUAUAUGUAAUUAAGUUAAUUAAUUUUCCCCAUAAUAACCAUGGCCACAUGAGAUGUGCACAUGCAAAUGUAGCCAUGCAUGAUGGCUGCACGACCAGUUCAUGAUGACUGUACCACACCGCUACACAAAAUGUUGAAAUAAAUAGACAGUCAUAUUUCUAGAUUGCUUGCA